AUGACAAAGCUGAGUCGGUGGUUUUCGCUCGUGAGCUUCGUGCUUGCGAGUCUUUGUGCGGCAGUAAUCGAUGCUGUAACUGAGCAUAUGACUUAUUCAUCUCCUGGAGACGUUCAAUUUAGAUGUUAUGGCUUAUACGCCAAGUCAGCUAUACCGAAUGGUGUUGAUCCUUUUGUUUCAGUAAAUGCACAACCGCUUUCAAAUGCAAAGGAAGGAUCGAGCGUAGCAUUCGCGUUGUUCGAAUGGCAUGAUCAAGGCAAUAUUGGUCAUGAGCAUGAUGGGGUCAUGACUUACAUAUGUGACGAUACGGAAGUUGAGGCGAAGCAUUGCACAGAGUCUCAAAAAGAUGGAUUUAUCGUAACUGAGGGCGACAAGGGCUCGGUCGACACAUUCCAAUUUGACUUUAACUCGAGCGAUAAGAAUGCGACAAAUUUAUCGCACAAAUACGAAAUACAGAAGACUGGAUAUUACUGCAUGUUGGCAUAUUUCACAGACGGAGGUUUCGAGGCUCAUGUGGAAUGGAAGAAUCCAUAUGGAGAACUGCCUGGAAGCGAUUAUCCGAAGCUACCGUUUUAUGGUUUAUUGUCCUUGGUUUAUUUAGCAAUUGGAAUAGUCUGGAUGGUUUUGAGUAUUCUUCAUUGGCGUGAAAUUCUGCAAGUGCAAAAUUACAUCUCUGGUGUUAUUUUAUUUCUUAUGAUUGAAAUGGCUUUUAAUUGGGGAUAUUGGGAGAAUUAUAAUAACACUGGACAUCCAUCUACUGCUCUUGCUAUCGUAGUCUCCGUUUUGAAUGCCGGACGGAAUUCAAUAUCAUUCUUUAUGCUGUUAAUUGUCUGCAUGGGCUAUGGCGUAGUCAAACCAACUCUUGGAAGUACGAUGAAUAAAUGUCGCGCCUUAGCUGGUGCUCACUUUGUGUUUGGUAUAAUAUACUCGGCUGGCGUCCUUGGACUUGACUCGGAUACGGCCGGGCCGCUCGUACUCGUUGUGAUACUUCCGUUGGCUCUAACAAUGACGGCAUUCUAUGUCUGGACUCUUCAAUCGCUGACGCACACUAUUCAAACACUCGAGAUACGUAAACAAACUGUCAAGUCGCUGAUGUAUAGACGACUGUACCGCCUGCUUGUGUUCUCUGUAGCAAUUCUUGGGGUGUUUUUCAUAGUGAAUAUGUUAAAUUACAUCCAUCACAAUGACUUUGAAUGGCCGGCAAGAUAUUGGCAUUACAAAUGGUUUUUACUCGAUGGAUGGCUGAAUAUCCUUUACCUUGUUGUAUUCUUGGUUAUUAUUAUCUUAUGGAGGCCAACAAAGAACAACAAGAGAUAUCCUUUUACCACUUGA